AUGGCCAAGAUCGACCAGCUCAACAGCACCACCGAGAAGCUAAGGCGCAAGGUUGCUAAGGAGUUUGGGGCAAAUAUUCGCGGUGAAGAGAAAGGAAAGGCUGAAGCUGCUAGGAGGAUCAAGCAGUGGGGGGCUACGCUUUCGAAGACUGCGUUUCAGUCUGUUUAA